CUUACACAAAUAAGCACAAUUUCUCAACAGUUGGACUGCUAUGACUAUAUACUUAACUCCUCCGGGAAUGUGUUAACCUUUCAUAAAACUUGGUAAAAAUAUAUGGUAUUUCCGCUGAUCCAGAUAUAACAAAUAUAUGAGGAGGAGGAAACAGGUCAAUCACAGGAAAUGGCGGUAUCAGGACGUAAACAAGUAGACUUGCUAGGAUCAGUAGCAGAAGGAUCAGAAGAAGACUUUGAUCACUGCUGUGAGCCAUGCCUUACCACAGGUCAACGUAUAGUAGCUCACGGGUUUUGUGUUACUUGUCAAGAAUACCUCUGUAAAACUUGCCACGAUGUCCACAGAAAAACAAAAGUCUUACGAAAUCAUAAAAUUUUGCAGCGUUAUGAUUUUAAUAAGAUUCAAACUACAAGAAAAUCAAAAAAUGAAUGCACUGAAAUGUGUCAAGUUCACAAAAAAGAAAUAAUCAAAUUUUAUUGCCCAUCACACCAUGCACUCGGAUGCAAUGACUGCAUAACUUUAGGCCAUAGAACAUGUAAUGUUGAUUACAUACCUGAAAAGUGCGAAGGUGUCGCAGAUGGGAAGGAAUUCGAUGACGUCAUGCAGAAACUCUGCGACAAAUUAAAAAAAGCAGAAGAUAUUUCGAAGAAGGCUAAAGGCAAAAGAAUUAAUACAAAUGAUUACAAUAAAGUUAUCAUGAAGGCAAUCACUGAAUUCCGAAAAGAAAUAAACGACCGCCUAGAUCUGAUGCAAAAAGAUGUUUUAAAUAAUGCUGAGGAAAUAAAGUCAAACAACAACAAAAUUAUUCAGCAUGUCCUUGAUAAAUGUGAAAAUAUGAUUUCCGGUAUAAAAUGCUUGCAAUCAAGUCUACAUGCAAGCAAAUCAACUCAUCAAGACGGUCAACUCUACAUUGACAUGAAACGGGCAGAAUCUACGCUGAAAUCAGAUGAAUUAAUUGACGCAGAACAAACAUUAUUGCAUACCAAUAUGCACUACUCAUUUCAACGAAAUUCUGAACUGGAAACAUUGUUGUGUGCGAAAAUGGUUUUUGGUGAGAUUGUCGAUCAUUCUCGUCAUGAACCUUCAAAGGUGACAAAAACUGUUGAUCAUCUGAGUUGGAAAGAAAAUAUUAAUGUUAAAACUUGGGAUAUUACAGGAUGUGCUGUUCUUGAUACAAAUAAACUUGUUCUAUCUGAUUACCGUAACAACAAGAUAAAAUUGGUAUCUAUAGAGAACAGACGUGUACAAAAAAAGAAAGCUCUAGACUCAAUGCCAUUUGAUAUUGCUGUAAUGUCCCAGGAUCAGUUUGCAGUAACAAUGCCGCAUAUCAAAGAAAUAGUUGUCAUGACAACAAACGACAAGCUAUCAUGUGUCCGCAGUAUUAAAGUGGAUAGGGCAUGCUAUGGUAUAGACUUUAAUCAUGAUCGUCUUUACGUUACUUGUCGGUCUCCUCCUAGUGUGAUUUUACUAAAUACACAUGGUGACAUCCUCAAUAAAUUCCCUCUACAAUUUCUUUCACCUGACUAUAUACCGCAUAUUGCUGUUAGUAAGGAGUCCAAACUUCUGUAUAUCAGUGACCGUGGUAACGACAGUAUAACGAGUGUAUCACUACAAGGGGAAGUUACAGCUACAUAUAAACAUACAGAUCUUAGAGGACCAGAAGGAAUGUUGUUGUUAGAUGACGGGUCAUUACUUGUCUGCUGUUAUAGUAAUGGAACAAUUCAUAAAGUCAGCGGAGACUUGAAGCAAGGGAAGAUGAUGUAUAAAGAUGAAACCAAUCUGUGUUCAAUAUGCUACAGUUCACGCUAUAAUGAGGUUUAUGUUGGCGGCUUUAAUGAAUAA